AUGAUCGAACUUUACCUGGAGUUUUACUCCUCCGGAGGCGAGGAGGAUGGAACACUUGAGAUUCCUAUCGAAACGUACGUAGUCUUAGUCGUGUGUAAAUACCUGCGCCAGCCGGAAGUUGGCCGCGAUCUUCAGAUUAGUUUUGUUCAGAGCAAAACCAUCGUCGAGGAACGGCGACGCGACUCUAUCACGGUCAAGCUGACCAAUUUUCCCGCACUCUUCCACAAAACUGGCCAUUGGCCACCGGCCGCCAAGUACUGCCAGCUUCCAACCCUGCUGGACAACACUCUUAUCGUGUCCGGACUGUGUGGCAUCUGCCGACGCAUCACCAAAGCUCACCUGGAAUGCUCGCCCCUCACCAACCCGAAACAGAUUCUCGGCUUCAAGGGCAACACUCUUCUCGCCCCGGCCGAGAUCUCCAUGUGGACCAAGUUCUGCGAAGUCGACAUUGAAAAGUGCGUUCGCGACGUCCUUCAACUGGAAGAUACAGCAACCCGCGCCGAUCUCCCUGAAGACCUAGGCAAACUGGAAAGCCACCUGGCUCAACCACUGAAAGCCCACAACAUUUACAAACUAAUCAACAAAGUCAAGAACGUCAAAGUUUCCUCAAACCAAGAGUUCCAACAGCUGGACAGCGCCGACUCCCGCUUUGACUUUCACGAGAAUCACAAAUUUGCCGAAGGCUACGAGAAAACGCUCGCCGACGUGAUUGUCUUCACCUGUAUGAAUCUAAUCCGCAAACGAGUCCAACACCCAAAUCUAGCGACCAAACUCCCCCUCCUCAACGCCUGGUACGAGCGCGUCCAGAAACACGACGACGGUGAGUUGCUGCAGGUUUGUGAGCAAUUUCAACCCUCCGUAACGCCACUGCCGUUGGAUGGCAUCGCGGUGGACGUUCCGGCCACGUUCAGCCUCUACAAGUCGGACACCAAGAAGCUGAACUUGCUGGGUGAAAAGAUCCUGACCACGAAUCAGCCGGAGGUGUUGGGCAUCCUGGAGAAGGUCGAGCGCCUCAAGCUCGACAUUGGCAGUGUGCCGAACGAUCGCGAGGAGAAUCUGUUCGACUGGGAAGCGGUCCCCGUGGAUGCGAAACCGGAAGGUGGUAAACUUCCCGCGAAACGUCUCGCCAAAAAGCAACACCAGCUGGAGUGCUUGGCCAACGAAGUCAUCGCCCUUGCCACCCCCGGCGACAUCAUCGUGGACUUUUGCUCCGGUACCGGCCACCUCGGAAUCCUGCUCGCCCAGCUGCUACCGGAGUGCACGAUCUAUCUGCUGGAAAAUAAGGAAGAAUCCCAGCAGCUGGCCAUGGACCGCGUCGUCCGGCUCGGCCUCACCAACGUCGUGUACUUCCAGUGCAAUCUGGACUACUUCACGGCCCGCUUUGACGUCGGAGUUUCGCUGCACGCGUGCGGAGUGGCCACCGACAUUGUGCUGGAAAAGUGCUUCGAACAUCGGGCGCGGUUCGUCAGUUGUCCCUGUUGCUACGGGAAGCUGUACGAGUUUGACCGGAUUCGGUAUCCGCGGAGUGAGGUCUUUCAGCGGUCGGAACUGCUGCUGAAGGAGUAUCUUUGCAUUGCGCAUUGUGCCGAUCAGACGCACGACUUGGAGAGUAGCCGGACGAACGUGGCCAAGUCGCAGCAGGGCUUCUUCUGCAUGGACGUGAUCGAUAAGGAUCGCGCGUUGCGGGCGGAAGAGUUUGGCUACAGCGUGGUGGUGAAGAGAUUGCGACCGGAGAAUUGUACGCCCAAGAACCGAGUGUUGGUUGGAGUUUUGGAAGAGUGACUUUUGGGGUUUUUUUUAAUUUGAUAAAUAAAAGUUUAUUUCUCUAGCACUUA